UGUUGUAACGUCAGGACUUGGCAUCCAUCACGCUGUCCCAUCAAUCAAACCAACUCGGAACCAAUAACUUGUAGACCCUUGUAAAAACUUGUUAACUUCUAUGAACCAAACAUUAACUUCAAAUCAAUUCAGUGCCCUCGUUCGAUUUUGGACUAGAGCGAGAAUUAAAAUAUUGUGUGGUUAAAAAAACCUGAUUCAUAAUUUCCAAUUUGUUCAACCUUAAAUCAAAACGCAACGAAAAGACUGACAAAAUGAAGCUCUUGAUUUUUAUGAUGGUUUUGAGCUGCUGGUUCACUUUGGUUUUCCCGUCAAAAGGUAUCUAUAAGUGUUGGUAACUUUUUCUCAAUUGUUUUUGCUCAUUCUUAUAUCCCUUAUAUCUGUUAUGUACACUGAUUUAUAAGCUCAGUUAAUUAGUUUAUAUACCAAUGUGAUCGCGGUUGUUUCUUAUAAAAUAUUUUGUGAUAAAAUGAUGAAUUAUACACAGUAAAAAAAACACGAAAAAUACGGGAUAUAAAACUCUUCAAAUAGUGUAAAGCAUUGCGACUCGUUGUAUUAUAAUAUCUAUUAUCAUUACUAGCGUAGUCACGCAACGUAAGGAUUUUAUGAUGUUUGAAAUUGACGUUCUAUGCCUUCAGUCUUCGUAGCUCCCUCUUUCUUUAGCAUUGGCAACUUAUCGCGCAACAACAACGAAAUAGUUAUUGAAAAACGAGAAACACUGGCGCUAAUAUAACUGUUACAGUGUUCCGCGACAUACUCAGUUUUUUUUUCAGUCUAUUCCGUAUUUCCCGGCCAUUCUAAUGUGUGAGAUGUUGGUGAUCGUCAUCGUAAGCGGCGCGCGUAACUAAUAUGAGUUGGCCAAGCAUAACCAAAGGUGUUUGUUUUAUUUUGUGUUUUAACACGUCCUUGAACGAUCCAUGUGCAAGCGACUGAGAGCAAAAGGGAUGUGCAAGAGCCGUUUUACCUGCAUCAAAAACGAUCUGUGCAAAGUCACGUGCGGGUGUAACGACAUUCUUUCUCUGCGAUCGUGUAAAGUACUGAAAGGAAUAAAAGCAUGCUCCAAAAACUUGGCAGUGGGGUUCGAUUAUUGCAGGUGGACAUGUGGAUUUUGUUGGAGAAAGAGGGUAUGUAAAUCGGCAGGUGCACUUGGGAUGCAAAACAAAGUCAUUCCUGACUCAAGAAUCACCACGUCAUCCUAUCGUGACUCAAAAUACACCCCAUCACAAGGAAGACUUCACAUUAGGCCAUCUCGUGGUAAGAAUGGAGCAUGGUGUACAAAAAGAAACCAAGUCGGAGAAUGGCUCCAAGUUGACUUGGGCAAGAUCAGCACUAUAAAAGGUGUCGCAACGCAAGGUCAUUACGGCGCUAACUAUUGGGUGAAAACCUACACCCUGCAAUACAGCAACAAUGGCAAAACCUUCAAGAAAUACCAGGGAGGAAAAGUGUUCAAGGGAAAUAGUGACAAACACAGCGUUGUCAAGCAUAAUCUAAAUCCCCCGAUUUAUGCCAGGUACAUCAGCGUAGUAGUCAAGACAUGGUAUAGUCACAUUUGUAUGAGAAUGGAGCUGUAUGGGUGCAAAUACUACUAAAGCUCACCAGUCAAUCGUCAUGCAGACUAUCGUAAUAUGUGGAUAACAUAAAACAUGUAAUGGGUUGAUUUUUUAAGAUAAAUUUACCAUCGACAUGGUAUACUAGAAACUGAGAUUAUGUUAAGGUAUAUGAUUAAAAAGGUUUUAAGGUUUUAA